CUUCUUCCUACCGACUGACCUACCGGGGCCGGAGGAGGAGAGGAGCCCCGGGACCAUGGAGAGUAACAAGGACGAGGCUGACCGCUGCCUGCAGAUAGGGAAGGCGGCGCUGCUGGAUGGGGACUGGGGGAGAGCCCGCAAAUUUCUCAGCAAAGCGGAGCGACUGUACCCGAGCAGCGGAGCCCGAGAACUUCUGGAGAAGCUUGAAAAGCAAGAUGGAGUGACGGGAAAUGGACCAAAAUGUGCAAAGAUGUCGAAUGGGGUGGAGCCGAAUAAAACCAGCGCAGAGAAAGACGGUGCCACUGGGGAUAGCAUCAAAAGUUUUACCAAGGAACAGUUGGAAGGUGUAAAAAGGAUAAAGAGCUGCAAAACAUAUUAUGAGGCGCUGGGAGUGAGUAAAGAUGCAGGGGAGGAGGACUUGAAGAAAGCUUAUCGGAAGCUUGCACUUAGGUUUCAUCCAGAUAAAAAUCAUGCUCCGGGAGCCACAGAGGCAUUUAAAAAGAUUGGAAAUGCUUAUGCAGUACUAAGCAAUCCAGAGAAACGCAGGCAAUAUGAUAUAACUGGAAGCGAGGACCAAGUCCACAGCAACCACAGAAACGGUGGAUUUGACUAUCACAGGGGCUUUGAAGCAGACAUUACUCCAGAGGAUCUGUUUAACAUGUUCUUUGGAGGAGGUUUCCCUUCAGCAAAUGUCCGGAAGUUUUCCAAUGGACGGCCCACAUGUAACCACCACCAACAUCAGCAUCACAGUGCUCACGAACGAGAAGAUGAGAGGGGUGAUGGUGGCUUCUCCAUGCUGAUCCAGCUACUGCCUAUAAUUGUCUUGAUACUUGUGUCUUUGCUUAGCCAGUUAUUGGUCUCCAAUGCACCUUACAGUUUGUAUCCCAAAUCUGGUCAGACCAUAAAGCGUGUGACAGAAAACCUUCACGUUGCUUACUAUGUCAGCAAGGACUUUCAGUCUGAAUACAGCGGGAUGUUACUACAGAAGCUGGAGAAGAACAUUGAAGAGGAUUAUGUGGCUAAUGUCCGGAAUAACUGCUGGAGAGAGAGACAGCAGAAAGCAGAUUUAAUACAUGCAGCAAAGGUUUACCGGGAUAAUAGACUGAAAGUGAAAGCAGAGUCGAUAUCUAUGGAUAAUUGUAAAGAACUGCAGCGGCUGACCUCAAUCUACCGAGGAGGAUGAUGGAUCACAGUGGUCCGCCAAGCAUCCGUACUUUCUUCCCUGUACAUAAGAACUAUACAUUUUAUCAUGAAGAGGGAGUGGGAAGUGACCCGUCCAUCAAGAUAACGUGGCUCAUCUUUUGACUUCCUGACACAACUUGAAGGUCACUCAGUCCAUUAAUUCCUUUUUUUUUCUUUUUAGUUCCAUUUACUUGGUAACUAAUUGAAAAGUGUAAAAAAGGGUAUAGCGCGCCAUGAGCCUGAAGUUCCUCCGUUCAUGGGGAUCUUGUAAAUAUGGCACUCCAUUGUCCUGUAUAUAAGAGCUAAUGAAUUUAUAUGUGAUGUAUGGGAUUUGUUUCUUUCAUUUCCAGUAACUAUGAAGAAUCUCCGCACUAAAGACGAUUUUACUUCCAGUGUCAUUUUAACCUUCUAAUAUUAACCAGUAGGAAUAUUUCAAGGGGCCUUUCCUCUGUUAUUACUAGAACAUACUGUAUCUUGCUAUUGCCUCUCCUCAUUAAGAGCUGAGAACAGUUCUUAUUCUCUAUAUAAGAAUAUUUUUUUUAUUGUGAAUCCAUUGUCAGAGUAGGAUUUUUCUUCUAGUCAGUGCACUUUUAGAAAGGACCUGGACAGCAGAGAACCAGCUAAAUAUACAUUCCAUUGCCUAAAUUUUAUUUCACAGAAAUCUGACUACUACAGCAGAUUAUCGUGAAUGAACGUUACUGCGAACGCUCGUUCCCGACAAUCUGUCGGUGUAAAGGGGCGCCCAGUCACCCGAUUAAUAAAUGAAACGCUUGUUCAUCUGAUGAUCUUGUUGUUUGUGUAGGCACCUAAAUUAUGGUUUCUGGGCAGCAGAUUGUGCAGUCUAAACAGUGAUCUGCUUCCCAGAAACAAUGCAGCUGUAUGAAGACGAGGCAUGGCAAUAGCGACCGCUUGUCCUCGUACUGUGGAGGUGAUCUCUGCAUGUAACUGCCGAGCUUCACCCCCGCUAAACGAGCAGCUGACUGUUGAGCAGGAACACUUCCUUCCUGACAAUCUGCUGCUGCUCAAUGCGCGUAAAUGUGUCUAGAACGGGAAAAGCAGCAUGGCUGCAGUCAGUCCAUGCCAUCUGCACAACGCCAAUCCAGCUUUUGAGCACGACAUGCUCACUUUAUACAAACAGACUAUAGAUAAAUUGCCUAAAGAUGACCACACACAUCAGAUAGAGGUUGGUUGAUGGUUAAACAAACCUCUGGUGAACUUUCGUUUUGUAGACUCAGCCAUACACAUCUUAGUCCAUGUUGACCGGUCCAGUUGUUCAGACUGCACAUGUAUGUUCAAUGAAACCGGGUGAUAGAUCUUUUGUCCAUCUGUGAAAGUUCUUUCAAGGAAGGGUCUUUCGUUUAUGAACAACUAUCAGACGAAAAUACUAAACAUGGCUGACUUCUAUUCUAACGAUAAUGGCCCAUCAUCUGUCGGCUAAACCGAUAGUUCAAUGUUAAAUUUCACCCACCCAACGUUCGUUUUGGUUGAAAUGGUCCAUUUUGAUCAACUUUUUAGACUAUUGUGUAUGGCCACCUGAAUGCUUUGUUCACAUAUUUGCAUUGGCUUCUCCAUCACAAAUUCCAUCAUAUGAGGGGAAGAUUAGCGCUGAAUGCGUUACUGUUAGGGAUGAGCGAAUGUCAUAUUUUGAAGUUUGUGUUGUGGUAUUUACUGAAUUGCAUUAUAGAUUCCAUUAUCAAGGACCAUAAUGCAAUGCUGGAGUCCUCUCCUGCAUAACGGAAACCGGACGGAUCAAUUAUGCAGUCUAUAGACUUCUAUUAUGACGGCAUGAAUAACGGAAUGCCUCUAAAGGCAUUCCAUCAUGGAAUUGCGUUAUGGUCCGUGGUAACUGAAUCCAUAAUGCAAUUCAGUAAAUACCACAACACGAAUCCGCACACAAACUUCAAAAUAUGAAAUUUGCUCAUCCCUAGUCACUGUGCAUCCCAUCACAUGGUGAACCUCAAAUCAUCAGGCUUAGCUUUUAUACAUAUACUGUAUAUACAACCUAACGGCAACCACUAUGGAAGUGUGAAGAGAGCCUAACCACUACCAUUUUUAAAAAGGAUUGCCAAGCAUCGCAUCCUAAGAAAUCAGUCUGUCUCAGAUUACUCUGGUAAGUGCAGAGGAUAAUGAACUGGCAAGGUGCUGGACAGCAUUUAAAGGGAUUGUCCAGGACUACACAAACGCUGUUUCUGGAAGAAAGCCACACCACACCUGUCCAUGGUUUUAAAGCUCAGCUCCAAUUAAGUGAAUGGGGCUGAGCUGUAAUACCACACACAACCUAAGGACAGGUUUGGUGCUGUUUUGGAAGAAACCAGCUCGACAACCCCUUUAAACUUUUUGUUCUGUCUUGCUGUUGCAUUAAAGGGAACCUGUCACCGGGAUUUUGGGUAUAGAGCUGAGGACAUGGGUUGAUAGAUGGCCGCUAGC